AAAACAAGUAUCACUUGGAGGCAAUGUGGCUAGAGGUGGUUGGUGUACUGCAUGGGACCUGUGGACAACUGGGCCGGACUGUUGGUCUGCCUUGUUGGGGCCGGGUGCCUAGGCCCCACUGGUGGGGACCAUGUAGGGGUUCUUGGGCCCAAAAGUUUCAUCAGGAUGGGCCUGGAAGAGGCCUGCGCGAGGAGGAUAUUCGCAGRGCACGGGAGGCCCGUCUCAGAAAGACACCCCGGCCCCAGCUGAGCAAUCGCUCUCAAGAACGCAAGGUACCUGUCUCCCGCAUCAGUCGACUGGCGAGCUUUGGGGGACUGGCCGUGAGCUUGGGGCUAGGAGCACUGGCCGAGGUAGCCAAGAAGUCCCUGCCAGGAGGACAUCAGCAGUCAGAGGGCGGCUCCAAGCUGGGCUCCAGCCCUUUCCUGUCAGAGGCCAAUGCUGAACGGAUCGUGCAGACCUUGUGUACAGUCCGGGGGGCUGCCCUCAAGGUUGGCCAAAUGCUCAGCAUCCAGGACAACAGCUUCAUCAGCCCCCAGCUGCAGCGCAUUUUUGAGCGAGUCCGCCAGAGUGCUGACUUCAUGCCCCGCUGGCAGAUGCUGAGAGUUCUCGAAGAGGAGCUGGGCAAGGAUUGGCAGACCAAGGUGGCCUCCCUGGAGGAGGUACCCUUUGCUGCUGCCUCAAUCGGGCAGGUGCACCGGGGUUUGCUGAGGGAUGGGACAGAGGUGGCUGUGAAGAUCCAGUACCCAGGUGUUGCCCAGAGCAUCCAGAGUGACGUGCAGAACCUGCUGGCUGUGCUCAAGAUGAGCACGGCCCUGCCAGAGGGCCUGUUUGCGGAGCAGAGCUUACAGGCCCUGCAGCAGGAGCUGACGUGGGAGUGUGACUACCGUCGGGAGGCAGCUUGUGCCCAGAACUUCAGGCAGCUGUUGGCAGAUGACCCCUUCUUCCGGGUGCCAGCUGUGGUUAAGGAGCUGUGCACAAGGCGGGUGCUAGGCAUGGAGCUGGCCGGAGGUGUCCCUCUGGAUCAAUGCCAGGGACUGAGUCAGGAUGUCCGGAACCAGAUCUGCUUCCAGCUCCUGAGGCUGUGUCUGCGGGAGCUGUUUGAGUUCAGAUUCAUGCAGACGGACCCCAACUGGGCCAACUUCCUGUAUGAUGCCUCCAGCCACCAGGUGACCUUGUUGGACUUUGGUGCAAGCCGAGAAUUUGGGACAGAGUUCACAGAUCAUUAUAUUGAGGUGGUGAAGGCUGCUGCCGAGGGAAACCGAGACCAGGUCCUGCAGAAAUCCCAGGACCUCAAAUUCCUCACAGGAUUCGAAACCAAGGCAUUCUCCGACGCCCAUGUGGAGGCAGUGAUGAUCCUCGGGGAGCCCUUUGCUGCCCCUGGUCCCUAUGAUUUUGGGGCUGGGGACACUGCCCGCCGUGUACAGGGUCUCAUCCCUGUCCUGCUGCAGCACCGCCUGUGCCCACCACCCGAGGAGACCUACGCCCUGCAUCGCAAACUGGCAGGGGCCUUUCUGGCCUGUGCCCGUCUCCACGCCCACAUUGCCUGCCGGGACCUCUUCCAGGACACCUACCACCGAUACUGGGCCAGUCGCCAGGCACAGCCACUGCCAGCAGCCUCCUGACCAGAGGGGCCCUCCGUGCAGACCCUAUGACAGCCUCCAUCUGGGGUUCCAGCUCCACAGCAGGCCAUCCCUUUCCCCUUUAU